CCAGCUAAUAAAGGACAGGGUAAUAACGCUCCAACAUGAAUGCUGGGGUAUUGCCCAUCAUCAUGGUAACCUGUACAUUACAGAUGGUAGUGUUCUGUAUCUUUAUACUGUGGAUGGAAGACUUGUGAGGAAGAUGUAUAAGGAUACAUCAGGUUACAAUAGAGUUCACUCCUGUGCAGUGAGUCCAGAUGGAGACAUGAUAUAUGUGGUCAACUACAGUAGGUGCUUGCUGGUCACACUUUCCAGGGAUGGCACAGUGAUCUCCGACCUUUCUGUACCUGCACAACCUACAGGCAUACAUGUGACAGAAUCAGGACAAGUUCUGCUGUGUGGAUACUCUACAGACAAAAUCUUCCAGGUGGACCGAGAUGGGAGACAAAUACUGGCAGAGAUGGUCACACAGAAUGAUGGUGUGACUCACCCUAUAUCUAUCUACUACAGCAAGCACACAGGAUCACUCAUUGUAGGAAUGUGGAACAAUAAUGACAUCAUCGUGUUUAAGGCACUGUUAGAGUAGGAGGAUGUUUAUUAUAAUAAUUUAAUUAUAAACUCGCAUAAACAUCGUCAUGUAAUAAGUGUUACAGUUUUGUAUACAUGGUUUUAAAGCCAGUGGCUGUUGGAAUAGGACAUAUUAGUUAUUCUCUGUAUGAAACUAUUACACAUUU